CAGUGACAUUCGGCCCACCGCUGCUGCGCGACACACACCGAAAACCCUGCUCACAACACACACUUUCAGAACAAAACGCUAAUUAUUCUUCAUUUUCAGCACACACUCCAGUUCACUGAGAGACGAACGGGAUGGCGGUGAUGGUGCUGCAGGUGCUGGGCUUGUUUCUGGGGAUCGUGGGCUGGUGUUUGGAGUCCAGCUCUAUAAACUCGUCUGUGUGGAAGAGCAGCAGUCAUGGGGAAGCGGUGGUGACGGCCAGCUCUCAGUUCGAAGGCCUCUGGUUCUCCUGCGCCUCAAACUCACUGGGAGCCAUUCACUGCCAGAGGUUCAAGACCACUCUGGGUCUGCCAGGAUAUAUCCAGGCCUGUCGGGCUCUGAUGAUCAUCGCUCUGAUCCUGGGUUUGCUGUCUGUGGUUCUGGCGUCGAUGGGACUCAAGUGCACUAAACUGGGCAGCACGUCUGAGGAGGCCAAAGGCAAAAUCAGCCUGACUGCAGGAAUCAUGUUCAUCCUGUCAGGUUUGUGUGUUAUCGUGGCCGUGUCGUGGUACGCCGCUCGAGUCGUCCAGGAAUUUAAUGACCCUUUUUAUGGAGGCACAAAGUAUGAGCUGGGCGCAGGUCUGUAUCUGGGAUGGGCGGCAGCUGCUCUGUGUAUAUUAGGAGGAGGAACUCUCUGCACUUCCUUUAAAAGUCCAUCUUCUGCGCAAACACGGGGCCCGGGCUAUAACUACAGCGCUGCACAGCCUCAGAAGAUUUACAGAUCUGCUCCAUCAGACAACAGCAUCACCAAAGCAUAUGUUUAAGACUGACUUACUUUAGCUCUCCUUUCUUUUUUUGUACAUGGACCUUAUGUAAUUGCAUCUUAAAAGUCAGCAAAUUUACCCUUUGUAAGAAUACUGUGGUAUUAUUCUUAUGGUAAUGCUCUCACAUAUGCUAAUAUAAGUUUUAUUUGUAUUUUUUUCUGUCAAAGUGCCAUUUUGCCUUAAAUUUUAAUAAAAGAAAACAGAAUUCUUUAUUUUAUUUUAGUUUUGAUAUUAACUGCAGCACUAUAACACAGUUCUGUAGUCAUAUACCAUUUUUAUUUUCUUUAAUAUUGCUCAAGCAGUUACAUUUACCCUUACCAAUUUCCUAACUUUUCCAAAUAAUACCAUGCUUUGGCCAUUCAUGUAUCAUAUAAAAAUAAUGUUCACAUUUUCAGGAGUGUUUUGAAUGUUUAUCAUCAGAAUUUAAUCAAAAAUACAUUAAAAAGCAUAAUAUGAAACAAAUGUUAGUACAGAUCUCACUGAUUCAUAAUGUCAUAAUUCAGAAUUUGAUGUAACGUCCCUGUUGUCAGCAAUGUAUAAUUCAGCUUUGUCUCAGAUAUGAAAUCAGUUCCCUUCUCCCUGGGUAGCAGUUUGGGCUCUUGAGGCCCCCUUGCCCUCCAGCUGCAGGGUCUGUGACCACAGCAGGUUGCCCCAGGGUCCAGCCACUCUCCCUGGGUUGCAGUUUGGGCUCUUGAGGGCCCCUUGCCCUUCAGCUCAUAAAAUCUCAGCUUCUAUAUUUUGGUCAUGCACAUUGUCAUGUUAUAUGGAUCAUUUUAGUGCGUUAUAUAAGUGUUACAUUGUCUGUUCUCUUUUUUUUUCUUAUUUUAUGUUUUAUGUUUUUGCCAUUUAUGUAAAUAAAAAAAAAUCUGUGCAAA